AUGGCUUCUCUCGUGCGGUACUACUCAACCGCCAUGACCAUCACCGACCCUCUUGUCAAAUACCGCACCCUCGUCUCAUCCAACAUCCUCUCCCCGGACCCAGACCAGCACCGACUCGCGAUCCACCUGCACAAGCUCUACAGUCGCCUCAAGGAUUACGCCCCCGAGGUCGACUACAGCGAGCGUCUUAAGCAGGUCGCCGAGAUACCCGAGACCCGCGACCCGGAAGAGGCCGCUGCAACGCUGGCCAUGCCGAGCCAUCCCAUCUGGGACAACCCGCUGUUCAAGCACCUCGCCCGCAAGGCGAGGCCGACGCCGAAAGACCAAAACCCCAUGGCUCUCGUUCGCGUUAUGACGAGCCUCGAGGGCGCCAUCAGCAUCAACUCGCCGAGGGGGUUGUUUCUGUCGGGUGAGGUGGGUGUGGGAAAGUCCAUGUUGAUCGAUUUGUUGGCACAGGGUCUGCCGACGGAGAAGAAGAAGCGAUGGCACUUCAACACUUUCAUGCUGUACACUUUCUCACAGCUCGAACGCUUCCGCCGGUCUCAUCCCGAGUUAAGCGGCAACGAGAAGGAGUACUCCAUGCUCUGGUUCGCCAAAAAGCUGGUCGAAGAGUCUCCAAUCCUAUUCCUGGAUGAGUUUCAGUUACCCGACCGCGCGGCAAGCAAGAUCCUCAGUCACCUCUUCAUAGCCUUCUUCCACCUAGGAGGUGUUCUCAUCGCUUCUUCCAACCGAAUGCCCGAGGAGCUUCAGAAGGCCAUUGGCGUUGAGUAUACCGUCGCUCCCACCGACGGCUUCCUCAAGAGUCUUUUCCUUGGCGGAGCUCGAUCGCGAGGCACUCUCCAUAGCCAAAACGACUUUGCUGCUUUCGUCGAAGUUCUUAAAGCCCGCUGCGACUUUUGGCAUAUGGAAGGGGCCAUUGACUGGCGGCGUCGUGAAAACGGAGAGAAUGUAGCAAUCGAGGUAGCGUCCUUUGAGGGAACUGGACUUGCAGAAAAGCCAGAUGGGGCCCAAGGAGAAACAACCAAACCCGCCAAGUACUUCUUAACACCCGAAACGUCUGCCUGGACAUCAGAGCUAUCGGACCUCAUUUCCAAACCGUGGACAUCAGCAACCCUCACAGUCUACGGCCGUACGAUUGCAAUCCCACGCCAGCGCGACGGUGUCGUUUACUGGGACUUUAAUGACCUCGUCGGGACCUUUGGUCCGGCCGACUACGUGACCAUGGCCUCCACCUAUCACACCUUCAUCGUCGACAACGUUCCAACCAUGACGACGCUACACAAGAACGAGGCCCGCCGCUUUAUCACCCUUCUCGACGCCCUCUACGAGGCCCGUGGUAAGCUCUUCGUCCGCGCCGAAACCGGGCCUGAUGAUCUCUUCUUCCCGGACAUCCGUGCCGCUCAGGCCGAGGCGGAGCUCGCCGCCGCCACGGCCGCCGCCUCCAGGCUUGAGUCCGGAGAGGAAGUCAUAGACUCGGACGCGAUCCACUCCGAGACCAUCGCCGAAGUGUACCAAGACCAAGCAGCGCCCUUCCGCCCCAACAUCUCCUACUACGACACCGACCUGCCGACCUCCAAAUACGACCCAGACCAGGACUCGGAUUUUGGCCGCCUCGGAAACGUCAGCAGUGCCACGGGGGCAUCCAGCCCCAACUUCAGCAACACGGCCGGCUUCAUCGGUGAGGACGAGCGCUUCGCGUACCGCCGCGCCGCGAGCCGGCUGUGGGAGCUGUGCAGCGCCGCGUGGCACUCCCGAGGGGUGGGAGACGAGCCUUCCGAGUGGUGGACGCCCGUUCCGCGCACUGCACGGCAUUGGGAAGAUUCGGCGCCGUCGAGGCCGAAGAAGGACGAGCCCCUGCUGCCGCGACAACAGACCGAUGCCUCGAUGGGCCCAUCUAGGCCUGUUGACGAGCCGUUCGGGACGGACAAGCUUGUUAUCGAGAGAUGGCAAGCUCUGGAGGAGGCAGAGCAGCGGCGCGAGAAAUCAUCUCAGGGGGGAUGA